UUUUCAGUCAGUUAACGUACGCGAGCUGAGACCGGCGUAACGAGUGGCGAAGGGUUUGAAAAAGUGUUAAGACGUAUUAUAUUUUGUGUGCAUAUUUUAGUUACUUUACUUCAAAGAUCAGUGUAAAAAACGUGUGCAAUUAUUAAUUAACAAUAAUUAAAAAUUUGAGAAAAGAAUUUUUUGUAUAACAAUUUUUAAAAAUUCUCUAAAAUAAUUAAAAUUUGUUGCCUAUAACAACUGUUGCUUGAGAAAUAUAUUUUUCAUAUUCCUCACUAUCGUGCGCAUAACUGAAAAUAUUCUUAGUUGUUUUACCAUUUUUGUCUAAAUUCAUUCAAAAGUGCGUUAAAACGAUUACAUCACCAACGAUUAAAUGACAAUUCUAGAAUUCUAAAAUUCUUUUGAAUACAAAUAGAGUUUUUUUUUUAUAAAUAAUUCGUGACUCCGAUAUAGAAGCAUGGGUUUGGGUAAAGCUACUGCGAAGCAUUUGUUGUUGCUGCUAAAUUUUAUAUUUACGCUACUCGGCAUUGUUUUAAUAGCAUUUGGUAUUUUCGUACUGGUGACCGCUGCCAAUAACAACAUCGAUCAUGGAGAGAAUUUAGCCGGCGGACUGAUAAUCACUUUGGGUAUUAUUAUUGUGGUAAUAUCAAUAUUCGGUUGUUUGGCGGCAAUUCACGAGGCACGGAAGAAAUUAGUUGUGUACAUCAUCAGCUUAAUAGUGCUAAUAUUAUUACAACUCAUUUUGGCCGCAAUGGCCUCACAAGGCACGAGGGAUGGCCUCUCGGGUAGUGUGCACGAUGGCUUUGAGGAAUUGUGGGAGUACGAAGAGAAAACACCCGGCGCUUUGGCCUAUUAUGAGGAUUGGCUACACUGCUGUGGUGUCAACAGAACCGACGAUUAUCAUCGCAUCCAACACGACAUACCACGAACGUGUUGUAAGGACCGCAACUGCCAAAUUGUCGAUAAUAUUUACAGAGAAGGCUGUCAGGCGAAAUUCGAGGCCUACCUUUCGGGCAAGAUGCUCAUGUUCGGUGUGGUCAGUUGGAUUUUGAUCAUUGGCGAGAUUGUCGGCGCCGUUUUGGCUUGGAUGUUGUACAGUAGUGUGAAAAACGAGAGCAGACGUAAUUUACGUUGGAUGUAGUUAUUUAGAAGACGUUUUGUUUAAGUAAUAAAUAUAUAAAUAUUUUGUUUGUUUGUUAUUUUUUAUUAAUUUUUUAUGUAACCUGUGAAAUUUGUAACGUCCAUUGAGUGAGCUGCAUUUUUUAAUGAUUUUAAGAAUGCUUUUACUCACGUAACGACUGUACCUAAUUUUUUAAUAUUAUACAAAGAGUUGAAAUUAUAAUGUCAAAACUAACUAGUCAAAUGGUGAUUAAAGAAAAUAUGACACGAAAAUUUUAUUAAU